GCGGCGGCGGGUAGGGGGCUGGGUGGCGCGGGAGAGGGCGGCAGAAGGAGGGUGUUCGAAGAGAGUUACCGCCAGAGAGCGUGGCAGGAGCUCGCGGUCUCCUUGGAGACAUGCUGACCAAUGGCAGCAGCGGAAGCUGUUUAUGGGGGCGGAGCGUCGCCAUGGCAGCAGGAGAAGCCUUCUGAACGGCUACUUAUUGCUGGUCCCCGGGCCGCUGGCGUUCAGAGAGGCGCCGUCGAGCUGGGGGGCGACGAGGAUUGCUGGCAGUGCUCUCGAGGUGGAGACAGAGAGUCGCGGGGGGUGGGAGGGACGUCUUCCAGAACCUUUCUUUAUCCGGGCUUCGCUCUGAGCCAGGUAUCACAUUCGUAUUCGGAGGAGGCGACCCCCCGGGUCGCGGGAUGGAAGCGCGCUUCCAGGAGGCCUUGUAACUGGAGCCGCGGGAGUUAGCGGGCCGGAGAGCGCGGCGGGCCACCGUCGGCUCAGCUAGUGGAUGCUGACCGCCCCCUCGGAGAGUCCCCGGAGAUAUGGCGGAGAGCUGGCUACGCCUCUCGGGAGCUGGGGCGACGGAGGAGGCCGGGCAGGAGGGCGGCCUGGAGGAACCCGACACCCUGGAUGACAGCCUGACUAGCCUGCAGUGGCUACAGGAAUUCUCCAUUCUCAACGCCAAGGCCCCCGCCCUGCCCUCGGGGGGCACCGACCCCCACGGCUACCACCAGGUGCCAGGCUCCGCAGCGCCAGGGUCUCCCCUGGCGGCCGACCCAGCCUGCCUGGGGCAGCCGCACACUCCCGGCAAGCCCACGUCGUCUUGCACGUCGCGGAGCGCGCCCCCGGGGCUGCAGGCCCCGCCUCCCGACGACGUGGACUACGCUACCAACCCGCACGUGAAGCCGCCCUACUCGUAUGCCACGCUCAUCUGCAUGGCCAUGCAAGCCAGCAAGGCCACCAAGAUCACCUUGUCGGCCAUCUACAAGUGGAUCACGGACAACUUCUGCUACUUCCGCCACGCUGAUCCCACCUGGCAGAAUUCCAUCCGCCACAACCUGUCCCUGAACAAGUGCUUCAUCAAAGUGCCUCGGGAGAAGGAUGAGCCGGGCAAGGGGGGCUUCUGGCGCAUCGACCCCCAGUACGCUGAGCGGCUGCUGAGCGGGGCCUUCAAGAAGCGGCGGCUGCCCCCAGUCCACAUCCACCCAGCCUUCGCCCGCCAGGCCGCACAGGAGCCCAGCGCUGUCCCGUGGGCCAGGCCGCUGACCGUGAACACCGAGGCCCAGCAGCUGCUGCGGGAGUUCGAGGAGGCCACCGGGGAGGCGGGCUGGGGCGCGGGUGAGGGCAGGCUUGGGCAUAAGCGCAAACAGCCACUGCCCAAGCGGGUGGCCAAGGUCCCGCGGCCCUCCAGCACCCUGCUGCUGACCCAGGAGGAGCAGGGCGAGCUGGAACCCCUCAAGGGCAACUUUGACUGGGAGGCCAUCUUCGACGCCGGCACUCUGGGCGGGGAGCUGGGCGCGCUGGAGGCCCUGGAGCUGAGCCCGCCGCUGAGCCCCGCCUCGCACGGGGACGUGGACCUCACCGUCCACGGCCGCCACAUCGACUGCCCUGCUACCUGGGGGCCUCCGGUGGAGCAGGCUGCCGACAGCCUGGACUUUGACGAGACCUUCCUGGCCACGUCCUUCCUGCAACACCCCUGGGACGAGAGCAGCAGUGGCUGCCUGCCCCCGGAACCCCUCUUUGAGGCCGGGGACGCCACCCUGGCCGCUGACCUCCACGACUGGGCCAGCGUGGGCGCCUUCUUGUAAGAAGCCCGCCCCCACCUCCAGACAGUGCCCAAGUCAGGGCCCAGACUGCCCCCCAACACAGACCCACAGACACCCUACCGCCCAGGCAGGGGCUGGGCAGGUCUCCCAAGGCUGGCCCCACGAGGCCAUAUGGCCCCCCCACCCAGGCGGUCCUCAUAUUCCAGCCCAGGAGGCUGAGAACUGGGGCCCAGGACCCGAAUUGCUGCCUCCCCUCCCCAGCCCCUCAUAUACACAGUGUUUCAUUGGCCCACUUCUUCCCUGUCCCGGGGACACGCUAAAUGCCCUGCACUGGGAGAGCUGCGGCCUGGGGGCGGUAGGGGGUGCCUGGCCAAGCGGGGAGCAACAGUACAGGACCGGCCCCAGAGCCUCUUAGCUUUGAUGCUUCUCGCUCUCCUGCUCUCCUCCCCAGGUCUCUAUCCAGAGAAAGUUCCCAGGUACAACAAAUGCUAAUUAGGUGACUGCAAAUUAACCCCCUGGAGGCCUCUCCCGGCAAAGCCUCCCUGGGGCUGGAGCCGGCAGUACGUAGGGUGGAGCCAGGGGGAAGGGGGCAGAGAGAGAAGACAGAAAUGAGGUGGUGUGCUGGGGCAAGGAGAGUUUCUAAGGCCUCUGGGAUUUCCUGGCCCCCAUCCCUCAAGGUGGGGCAGAGGGUAUAAAGCCCUAAUCUUUGAGCCUGACUUGAGGCUGAGAGCAGCAGGGAGUUGGGGUUCUGGGGGGUUGGGGGCAGGGCAGCCAAGCUGCAGAGGGGAGGGGAACAGACUAAUGUAGUGAGUGUAGCUAGAACUGAGGCUUAACCAGGAGGGACACCAGGCUCGCUAGAACCACUGGGACCAGGAAGGGGGGAUCGCCCUGGGCCCCCGCCUGCACUUGUGUGGGGGAGUGUCUUGCUCUACCAGAAGCCCCCUGGGCUGCGUCCCACAUCCACCCUCCUGCCUCAUGGGGCGAUUUAACCUUUUUCAUGGAAAGUUAUUUACAAUAAAAUUUUUUUUAAAUUUGGAACUGAAAAA